AGGAUGGCGGUGGCGGUGGGCAGACCGGCGAACGAUGACCUUCGAAACCUGUCCCUAUCGGGCCAUGUUGGUUUUGACAGUCUUCCCGACCAGCUGGUCAACAAGUCAACCUCGCAGGGUUUCUGCUUCAACAUCCUUUGCGUCGGGGAAACUGGCAUUGGCAAGUCAACACUUAUGGACACUCUGUUCAACACAAAGUUUGAAAGUGAUCCUGCCACUCACAAUGAACCUGGCGUGCGGUUGAAAGCGAGAAGUUAUGAGCUUCAGGAAAGCAACGUCCGUCUGAAACUGACGAUUGUUGACACAGUGGGAUUUGGGGACCAGAUCAAUAAAGAUGACAGCUACAAGUCCAUUGUGGAGUACAUAGAUGCUCAAUUCGAAGCCUACCUGCAGGAGGAACUAAAGAUCAGGCGGUCUCUCUUCAAUUAUCACGACACCAGGAUCCACGCAUGCUUAUACUUCAUCGCACCCACUGGCCACUCGCUGAAGUCUCUCGAUCUGGUCACCAUGAAGAAGCUCGACAGUAAGGUGAAUAUCAUCCCCAUCAUUGCCAAAGCCGACACCAUUGCCAAAAACGAGCUGCACAAAUUCAAGAGCAAGAUCAUGAGCGAGCUGGUCAGCAACGGGGUCCAGAUCUAUCAGUUUCCGACGGACGAAGAGACGGUGGCCGAGAUAAACGCCACGAUGAGCGUCCAUCUCCCGUUUGCUGUUGUCGGCAGCACCGAAGAAGUGAAGAUUGGCAAUAAGAUGGCCAAGGCCAGGCAGUACCCGUGGGGCGUCGUGCAGGUUGAAAACGAAAACCACUGUGACUUUGUGAAGCUGCGUGAAAUGUUGAUCCGAGUCAACAUGGAGGACCUGAGGGAGCAGACGCACAGCCGGCACUACGAGCUUUAUCGCCGUUGCAAGCUAGAAGAGAUGGGGUUCAAAGACACUGACCCAGACAGCAAACCUUUCAGUCUCCAAGAGACCUACGAAGCCAAGAGAAACGAGUUCCUCGGUGAGCUUCAGAAGAAGGAGGAAGAAAUGAGGCAAAUGUUUGUCAUGCGAGUGAAGGAGAAAGAAGCUGAGCUGAAAGAAGCAGAAAAGGAUCUUCAUGAGAAGUUUGACCACCUAAAGAGGACCCACCAAGAAGAGAAGAAGAAGGUAGAAGACAAAAAGAAAGAACUCGAGGAGGAGCUCAGCAACUUCCAGAAGAAGAAAGCAGCGGCUCAGCUAUUACAGUCACAGGGCCAACAGGCCGGCUCUCAACAAACCAAGAAAGAGAAGGACAAGAAAAAUUCAAGCUUCACAUAAAGCCUGCCAAGUCAAAGGACGUUCCUGCAUUCACCUGCUUUUGUAGUAAUGUGUUUCAGCUAUCUUAUCUAUCUAUAUUCUUCUUCUUCUAAACACAAAUUGUUCUUAUUAACCCAACAGUAACUGGAUGGGUGGGGAAGCCAAGGCACCUAACCUCGGAUUUUAUUGGUAUGAUCCUGUCUGUGGUCUC